AUGGCAGAGAGAAUUGUAUUUAAUAAUUAGGCUGCUCAACAUAUACAAGCAUACAUUGAUUAUUGCAACGUAGUUGGUGAUAAUGGAGGACCAUUACUAAGUGAGAAGGAGUAUGAGGCCUUAAAAAAGAAAUAAUAAGAAGUUUAGUAAUUAAAAUAAUUAGAAUAUCAAAAAUCGUGUCUAUGCGACUUGGAAGAACAGCAAAGGAAUGGAAUGCAAACAAAUUGGUCCAGCUAGUAUGUGCUUUUGUGGACAUAGAUUCAAAGAACAUGAAUACAUGAUGCCAAAAAAUAAAAAAGUACAGUUCUAUUAAUUAUAAUAGGUGGUUUGUAAAAAUAAAUAAUGCAGUUGCCCUUAGUUUAAUUACAUUCCUAUUUUUGGAUCCUAGGAUUUGAAAUGUGUUUGCCAUCAUUCUUACACAGAACAUGAUCCAAUCACAAAAAAAUGUACUAAAGGAUAAUGUGGAUGCAACACCCGAUUUUAAAGUAGUUGGUUAUGCACUUGUGGUUAAAAAUAUAACGAUCAUGUGACUAUUAUUGAAACCAGAGAUGAGAGACUUGCGUAAGGAAAACCAGUUGAUGAUAUAAGACCAGAUGGCUCGGCAAUACCUUAUAUGCCUGGAGGAGUUGCGAGUUUUUAAGCCUUGGUUGAUGGAGCUGACGGUUAUUAAGCAUACAUUGACGAAUUAGGAGGAUAAAAAUUGGCACUUGGAUAUCAGUAAUAAAAGGCAAUUGGAGAUGAUCCUAAGAAAUAAAAACUCUAAAACUUAAAUAAAAAGUUUGCGAAUUAACAAUAAUAGUAAUAGCAAUAAUAAAUGGAUCAAUUAGACUAAUUUGUAAAUGAGAACAGCGGAAAUUAAGUAGUUUCAAAGGACAGUUUAUUGCAUUUAUAUAAUACUCCACAUAUAUAUGGAAGGGCUCAGAUUGGAUAUAAAAAACAUUGAUGAUUAGAUAUUAUAUAUAUCUGUAAUAAAG